AUUUUGUAGAGGGAAUGCUCGUUGCUGCGAAACGGGGGAUAUGGAUGUGGUGGCAGAUUCGGAUGCUGUCGCUCCAGACAAAUACCCUCUUGCUUGAUACUGCGGCUCAUUGCGAGCAUUCUCCAAAGGAUCCUUAUCCGGCACUGGCUCUGUGUUGACAUCAUGUUGAAUCGCACCACAACAGACCCGCUGCCAUGUCACUGCCAAAGGCCCAGGCCGCGAAGGAGGACUCGGCCCCGCCUGUCGGACGCCGGAGUGCUGGGGAUGAGCUCGAGACCAAGCGGGGUCUCAAGAUCUCGAUUCCCGCCGGCGACUCCAACAAGACAGGCUCGGCGAUGCAUCCGGGCUCGGCAUCCGCCUCGGUUCCCACCGAGGUCAAGUCAGCCACAUCUGCAGUUGCGCCCCUGUCGUUUGGAAUCGGAAGCCCUCGAUUCCACCGGACGAGCAAGCCAAUGUCGAACGAUGCUCCGCCCACCCCUGUGAUCACAACGACGCCCAAGCGAAGCUGGUUUGCCAAUCUGUUCAACUUCCGGCCCGAGUCGAUGUCGCUGCCGAGUAUCCUGAGCUACGAGAACACACACAAGGGCAUGGUGAAUCGCAUGACGAGUCUGGGAAUCCGAUUCGACAACCGCAAGGAGGGCGGGUUCAAAUGCAAGUACAGCGUGCCCAAGACACCUGCAUCUUCGGGGACGGCCGAGACGCUUCCGUCGCCCUCGUCUGGGGGCGAGCCCACGACGCCGACACAGGCUCUGCUCUCUGGUGCACCAGGCAGCAACAGCACCAGCACCAGCACGAGCAAUUCGCCGAACCAGUCCGUGACCACGGUCCCGUCGCUCAAGCCAGGAACGAUCCGAUUCAAGAUCGACAUUGUCGCCGAGGCCGAGGAGGCCGACGGCAACGGCAACGGCAGCAGCGGCUGGAGGGUGCAGUUCACUCAUCAGCAAGGUUCCGUGCCGCUCUUCCAGGCACUUUGCGAGCAGUUCCGGAGCGGAUGGGACAUGAGCGUCCCUGUGCUGGGGUGAGGAUCAGAGCACGACACGAACAUUGCAGGAGCAUCGCAAGAAGAGUGCACAUAUUGCAGUGGAGGUCGGCGUGUAUAGGCAGCAUUGAGUUGCUUGGCCGAGUCGGACAUCUAUUUGAACAGAGAGCCCAUCUAUCAUGACCAAAGCC